UCUCGGCUUCAUUGGGAAGACCCGCCCCAACGCCCAAGGGUAUGAAGUUGUCAGGUCAGAGGUGGAAACAUGGAUGAAGCACCAGCAGGCAACGGAGUCUUCAGGGGGGACCGAUCUUGGAUGUCCAGAGAGGGAAAUGAGCUGGUGUCGGAUGGAAAAGGCCCAGGGAUAGUCGCAAUGGGGGGAAGCCACUAUUCCAACAAUACCUCCAUCUAAGUUGCUGAAGAGAAAUUGGGAAAAGAGGGAAAGCCUUUUAAAGGCAGGGGAGGUAUAGGCUUGGGGACAGGUGAAUUCUGAUACCGGGCUGGGCAGGCGGGGACCGGUGCAGCCCCUGGAGCCUGCUUGGAUCCGCUAGAGAAAGAGGGAUGAGCUGCGACGCUCUCUCUCCUGCCCACGCGCGCGCGGCCACCGGCUCGGACGACUGCAGAGCAAUUAGGGUGGAAGGGUUCCUCCCGGGCACCAAUCCGCGACGCGAGUGGGGGGCGCGUCCUCCGCCACGCCCUCGCUCAGCCCUGCGCUAGCCGCAGGCUGGUCCCCACGCCCCCUGACAGUCCCUUGGCUUCCGUGCGCCUGGCCCGUCCCGGGGUCCUCCUCCCUCUCCACCCGCCUCGGUGCAUCGAUUCCGGUGCCCGGGCUCAACGCCUCGGGGCGGGUCCCUGCCACCCUCACCUGCCCCCGGGGGCGGAGCGCAGCGGCGACAGCGCGGCCCCAGCCUCCGCCACACGCCACGAGCUAGCGGCGGACCUGCCGCUCACCGCGGUCGGGGUGAAGCUCUCUCUCCGCGCCCUCGGUCCCGGUCACUUCGGACUCGUGUCCCUGCCGCGCUCGGCGUCUCCUCGGGGGAUCUGCAGCCCCGGCGCCAUGGAGCCGGCCCCGGGCAGCGAUCGCCGCAGCCCCCCUGGCCCCGGAGUCCCGAGGCCGCCACCGCGGGGCCACGCGCCCUCGACCGCCGCCCCCGCCCCCAGCCCGGCCCCGGCGAGCUCCUCGGUGCAGCCGGACGAGGAGCGGCAGCCGCGGAUCAGCGAGAGCGGCCAGUUUAGCGACGGGCUGGAGGAUCGAGGUUUACUAGAAAGCAGCACCCGGCUGAAACCUCACGAAGCCCAGAACUACAGGAAGAAGGCACUGUGGGUAUCAUGGUUCUCCAUUAUUGUCACCCUGGCCCUGGCGGUGGCUGCCUUCACUGUCUCCGUCAUGAGGUACAGCGCCUCUGCCUUUGGGUUUGCAUUUGACGCCAUCCUGGAUGUGCUGUCCUCGGCCAUUGUCCUCUGGCGUUACAGCAACGCGGCGGCCGUGCACUCUGCCCACAGGGAGUAUAUAGCCUGUGUCAUCUUGGGGGUGAUCUUUCUUCUGUCAUCUAUAUGCAUAGUGGUCAAAGCCAUCCAUGACCUUUCAACGAGGCUGCUCCCUGAAGUGGAUGAUUUCCUGUUCAGUGUCUCCAUUUUAAGUGGGAUCCUUUGCAGCGUCCUGGCCGUGUUGAAGUUCAUGCUGGGGAAGGUCCUGACGAGCAGAGCUCUCAUCACAGACGGGUUCAACUCCCUUGUAGGGGGAGUGAUGGGCUUCUCCAUCCUUCUGAGUGCGGAAGUGUUCAAACACAACUCGAAAGUCUGGUACCUGGACGGCAGCAUCGGCGUCCUCAUCGGCCUCACCAUCUUUGCCUACGGGGUCAAGCUCCUCAUCGACAUGGUGCCCAGAGUGAGACAGACGCGUCACUAUGAAAUGUUUGAGUGAAGGCGGCUGGCUGGAGGGCGGCAGGGGCUGCCCCGGCGGCGAAGAGCGUCACCAUGGUGACAAGAGGUUUCCGCGAAGGCAGAUGGUGCCAAUAUUUAACUGCACAUCCCGUUUCAUUUUGGGAAGUUUUCGUUCAUAGAGUCCGUCAUCAUGGGAUGAGGUCUGCCUGGAGGCUGGACCUACCCUACAUCCUCACCCGGUUGCCCGCUAUCAAACACGUUAGGACGAUGCUGCCCUGCCCGUGGGAGGGGCUGCCUCGCUUCCCAAUCUUGAGCCGGAAGUGACAUUUUCUAUUUCCUGGAGUCAAACAGUUCUUGAAAGCAGGCUAGGGUCUCUGCUUGACAGGAAGCCACUUGUGGCUCUCACUGUCAGCCAAAACCAGACAGUAACUGACCGAGUCACCGCCUCCUGACACACGUGGCCAAGCCACCUCCAGGUUCACACUCCUCUCUCCCAGCAGAUUCCAUCAGAAAAUUCCCCCCUAACGUCUAUCCACCCGUUUCCUACACUUUUACUAAUCCCGACACUAAACGGAUGUGUUCAGAAGGAGACCAUUCUAUUUUUUAAGGUGUUUAGUGACCUAUGAGCUUUGCAUGGACAGGCUACGUAAGCACACAGCCCUUUCUUCCACAUCAGAACCUGCACAUUCAUGAGAACCCAGGAACCAUUUUUGAGAGAUGUGAAACUCUAUACAUUUAUUUGUAAUAAAUAAUUAUAAUCAUUACCUGAA